AUGGCCCCAGCAGCCCUCAUUUCUACACCCUCCCCAGCCCCUAGGGCGCCCACAGUGAUCGGCCCCAAGACGAAAAAGGCCACACGCCCAACCAGGAUCCUCCCCCGGUCCCUGAUCGAGGGGGCAAAGGUGCCUCAGAAGCGAGCCUUCGACCCGGCCGAGCACCUCGACUUCCAGCCGCCAGAGAAGAUCCACAAGAUGGCCGACCUUGGGCUGGAGGGUGCAGGCAUCUCCCCCAAUGCCAUCUCCGAGCCGUUCCCCCUCUUCACCCAAGACGCUAUCAAGCAGAUGCGCUCUGAGAUCUUCAGCGAGCCUGUACUGAGGGACUGCCAAUAUGCAUCAACCUUCUGCACCAACAUGAUCCGCGGGAUGGGCCAUGAGCGAGCACCAUUCAUCUACGACGUGUUCAAGUCACCCGAGGUCCUCGACAAGAUCUCCUCAAUCGCAGGCAUCGACCUGGUCCCCGCAUACGACUACGAAAUUGCCAACAUCAACGUCGCUGUCAAGGACGACCCCGUUGAGGGCGUUGCCAGUAACUCUACCAGCACCAUCAAGCCCGCCACCGCCGACGAUGACACCCCUGCUUUCGCAUGGCACUACGACAGCUUCCCCUUUGUCUGCGUCACCAUGCUCUCCGACUGCACGGAGAUGGUCGGCGGCGAGACCGCGAUCAAGAUGCCUUCAGGCGAUAUCAAGAAGGUCCGCGGGCCUGCUAUGGGCUACGCAGUCGUCAUGCAAGGCCGCUACCUCGAGCACCAGGCCCUCAAGGCCGUCGGAGGCCGUGAGCGUAUUUCAAUGGUCACGCCAUUCCGGCCCAAGAACCCGCUUGUCCGCGACGAGUCAAUCCUCGUUGGUGUCCGCGGCAUCAGUAACCUGACUGAGCUGUACCCGCAGUACUUCGACUAUCGCACUGAGGUUCUUGAGGAGCGGAUCCGCCAUCAACGCAAAGAGGAGAAGGAGCGCGAGAUAGCCAGGAAGCCGUUUGAUGUUGAUGCGAAGAGGGCGUGGUUGGAGGAGCAGAGGGAGUUUAUUGACUCGAUGCUCAGGGAGAUGUAUGUUGUUGAGUAG